UCUGAUGAAAAACCAAUGACAGGUUCACGAGAAACUCAGAGUCAGGACCGCAUCAAAUCAUGCUCCACUGCACUAUUCAAUCGAGAGGUUGCAUUUCCUAACUUGGAGACGUUAUAUAUUGAGGACAUGGAUAACAUCGAGAUGAUAUGGCACGAUCAAAUCCCUGCGGAUUCUUUCUCUAAGCUAAAUUUGCUUUCAAUUAAUAAAUGCAAAAAGCUUGUGAACGUCAUACCUUCUUUCAUUCUAGGACGGCUCUUGAGCUUGGAAACUUUGACAGCAAAAGCAUGUGAUUCCCUUGAAGUUGUUUUUAAACUCCAGCCACUAAAUCCUCUAGAUGGAAAUGGUGUUGCUCGUUCUCCAUUAAAAGAGCUGGAGUUGGAUGACUUAUCAAUGCUAAAUUGUGUAUGGGAUAAGGAACUCUACCAUCAUAUUAAUUUUCAGUGUCUACAUUCGAUUAUCCUUUGGAGAUGCGCUAGGCUCGCCUCUUUGUUUCCAGCCUCAAUAGCCAAAGAUCUAAUCCAACUUGAGAGGUUGGAGAUCAAUAAAUGCGGCAUUGUGGAACUCAUCGAGAACGAAGGACUAAGUGAGAUGAGCAUCAAUGUGGAAGCCAUAGAAGGCCCAAGCCAUGAGCUAAAAGUAACAUCAUCAUUUCCAAGUUCUUUUCAGCAUAUGAAGACUUUAUAUGUGUCAUGUUGUCAUGGGCUAUCAAAUAUGUUCACACCGACAAUGGCUACAAACUUGGCGGAACUCACAAAAUUAAGGAUUAGUAAAUGUGAAAUAUUGACAGAAAUCAUUAGUGAUGAGGGAGGAAAGGAGGGGCAUGUAGUGGCUUUCAAUCAAUUGAAGUAUAUGGAGCUUGAUGGGUUGACUAGGUUGAGAUGUUUCAGCUCAGGUGGAUACACUUUGAUGUUCCCUCUCUUGGAAGAUAUCAUUGUGAAUACAUGUUCCAAGAUGAAGUUCUUCCACGAGGGACAAAUAGAGGCGCCAAAGCUAAAGGGAGUAAAAGUAGGUUUGAAUGAAGGGUAUUUUUGGAAGGGAAACCUCAACACGACCAUCCAAAAUAUGUUGGAAGAAAUGGCUACGUUUGCUGGGACUAAGUUUAUGCGGUUGUAUGAGUUCCCGGAGCUGAUUGGAAAAUGGCAUGGUGAACUUAAUCCCAUCACAUCAUCUUGGCAAUUAACAACAUUAGUGGUGAAUAAAUGUCCAUCAUUUACUAAUGCUAUUCCAUCCAGCUUGAUGCUUGCUUUAAAGAGAAUGACAAGCUUGCAAGUGCACGAUUGCGAGGCUUUGGAAGAAAUAUUCGAUCUUGAAGGGCUUGAAGUUGUGGAUUGCACUCAGUGCUGCCUCGGCUAUGGCAUUUGUACUUGGUCAAUCUACCAAAGUUGAGGCAACUAUGGAAUAGAGAUCUCCAAGGAACGAUGUGCUUUAAUUCUCUAUGGCAUCUUAGCUUUUAUAAAUGCAGCAACUUGAGACAUGCUUUUGCUCCAUCAAUGGCUCGGUGCCUUCCCAAUCUAGGACAAAUCGAAAUAAAGGAGUGUGAUCAAAUGGAAGGAGUGAUCGCAGACGAAGAAGGGCAAGGAAGUGCGGUGGAAAAGAUUAAAUUCCCAACACUUAGGUUUAUAACUCUGGAAUGCUUGCCCAAUUUGACUAGUUUCCUCUUGUGGAAGAAUCAUACACUAGAAUGCCCUAUUUUGUCAAAGCUAAGCAUUGCCCACUGCCUCGAGAUGAGAAGUCUAACUUGGCAAUCUUCGAUGGAGAUUUACAAUGGCACCCCUUCACUUUUCACUCCACAGGUACAAUUUCCCAAACUUUGGUUGAUGGAUCUCUCCCACAUGGACAAUUUAAGCAAAAUAUGGACUAACACUCCUCAAGAAACUCUUACUUUUGAUUGUUUACAGAAAGUGGAGGU